AAAGUCUCUUCUUUUUUUUUAACAGCCAUUGAACUUGUUACUACUAAUAAUGACGUUCUGAACCAAACUGGAGGGUGAUAUAACAAUUCUCUAUUUCUGCUAUACUUAAACAGAGUUGGGGGUGGGGUACUCACAUGGGAAAUUUUAGUGACUUACUCUCAUGUUAGGAAACUUUCAGGCAACUGGUUUGGUGGGAAAAUGGAAAUAAUUCAUCUAUGCGUGAAAUAUGAGCUUCUGUCUAUAAAUGAGAUUUGAAUGUAUCUUAUUGGUGCUUUAUUGGGAUUGAAUUCCAGUUAGGCCAAAUAACCAGAGCUGAGGCUACGAAAUCCAGUUCACUUGGGUUUCCUUCGCAGAGACUACAAUUCCCGACAGGCAACGGGUCUUCGAACCUUCAACGUGCGACCAAGCCCCGCCUCCCAGGCUUCAUGGAAGGGGUUCUCCAAUGGCAGGGCUUCCAUCGCGGAGCCGGCGGGUUAGGCUGUGAGUUCCAGACUGGAAGAAGGCAAUUCUGGGAGAAGUCGGGUCGCUUCGAGCUGGGUUGGGGACAUAGCCGCACGGAAGGAGCCGUGCUCUUCGAGGAAGAGGAAUAAGCACCGGGGGCGACUGGAAAAUGCCUGUCCAUUCCCGCGGGGACAAGAAAGAGACUAACCAUCACGAUGAAAUGGAGGUGGACUACGCCGAGAACGAGGGAAGCACCUCGGAGGACGAGGACACCGAGAGCUCUUCAGUCUCCGAGGAUGGGGACAGCUCAGAAAUGGAUGAUGAAGACUGUGAAAGAAGAAGAAUGGAGUGCUUAGAUGAAAUGUCAAAUCUUGAAAAACAGUUUACAGACCUCAAAGAUCAGCUUUAUAAAGAACGAUUGAGUCAAGUGGAUGCAAAGCUCCAAGAAGUAAUAGCUGGGAAGGCACCAGAAUAUUUGGAACCAUUGGCAACUUUGCAAGAAAAUAUGCAAAUCCGAACAAAGGUAGCAGGAAUCUAUAGAGAGCUCUGCUUAGAAUCUGUAAAGAACAAAUAUGAAUGUGAAAUCCAAGCUUCUCGCCAGCACUGUGAGAGUGAAAAGCUCUUGUUAUAUGAUACUGUACAGAGUGAACUAGAAGAGAAAAUUAGAAGGCUUGAAGAAGAUAGGCACAGCAUUGACAUUACCUCAGAGCUGUGGAAUGAUGAGCUUCAGUCAAGGAAAAAAAGAAAGGACCCCUUCAGUCCAGACAAAAAGAAGCCAGUUGUUGUAUCAGGCCCCUAUAUAGUUUAUAUGUUACAAGACCUAGAUAUUCUUGAAGAUUGGACAACAAUUAGAAAGGCAAUGGCUACACUCGGUCCACAUAGAGUAAAACCAGAACUUUUUCAACUGAUCCCUUUAGCACCUGUGAAAUUGGAAAAACACCUACACAGUGCUAAGUCUGAAGAGGGAAGAUUGUAUUAUGAUGGUGAAUGGUAUAUACGUGGACAAACAAUAUGUAUUGAUAAGAAAGAUGAAUGCCCUACAAGUGCCAUAAUUACAACAAUUAACCAUGAUGAAGUUUGGUUUAAGAGAUCUGAUGGAAGCAAAUCUAAACUUUAUAUUUCCCAGCUACAGAAAGGAAAAUAUUCAAUAAAACAUUCAUAAUCACUA